AUGUCAACGGAUACUGGAGCCGAGGUCAUAUCUACAACGAACCGUGGACAUCAGGCACCAAAGGCGGCGUGUGAUGAGUGCCGACGCCGGAAGCUACGGUGCGAUGGUAAGAAACCACAAUGCAGCGUUUGUCUGGACACUGGUGCUGUAUGUGAAACAACUCAGCGUGGCGUCAGAGGGCCCAAAAAAGGCCACUUGAGGGCCCUUAAGAGCCAUAUUGUGCAGCUGGAGGCAAUGCUAGAGGCUCGGCCCUCGCUCCCUCGAGAAGAACUCCAGGGGACUACAGGAAAUUAUGAUGAUGGGGAUUUCACCUCGCCUGGUGCGACAGGAAGAGCCUUCGUGUCCAUACGCCCGGUAGACCAGCGUGUUCCUCUUUCGCCGAUAUUACACGUCGAACUGUAA